AUGAUCAACCCCCCAAAAACCAAGUUCCACGAUCAGCACGAUCCUCGGCGUUCCGCGCGGAAAGCCCCGCGUCGCGAACAGACAUCCACGCAGGUGCCCAGCUUUGGUGUCGGCGCGUGGGCUUGGGGCGAUCGCCUUUUCUGGGGCUACGAGUCUUGGGAUGCAGGGAAGGGGGGGAAGGGGGGCAUGGGCUUCGAUGCUUGCAUCAAGGGCGGCGUGAAGCUCUUCGACACGGCGGAAAUCUAUGGCCCUGGCCGCAGCGAGGAGCUGCUGGGGCAGUUCUUGCGCGAGAGCGGCGCGAAGGAUGUGCAGGUCGCCACGAAGUUCGCGGCCUUCCCGUGGAAGCUGGACCGCUCAGAGGUGUGGGGACGAAGCGCGUCGGAGCCUGUGCUGGUUUUGGUUUUGUUGGAGUGGGUGGUCAAGGCGUGCAAAGGUUCCCUGGAGCGCUUGGGGAUGGAUUCCAUCGACAUCUACCAGAUCCACUUUCCUUCGGUGUGGAAGAAUGAGGUCUUUUGGGAUGGUCUGGGCGAUUGCUACGAGCAGGGCUUGGUGAAGGCUGUGGGCGUCUCGAACUAUGGUAGCUCUGCGGUCCGAGCCAUCAGCAAGACCUUGGGGGAGCGAGGCAUCCCGUUGACCUCCAAUCAGAUUCAGUACAGUCUCUUAUACCGAUAUCCGGAGUUGAACGGAAUGAAGGCCACGUGUGACGAGCUGGGUGUGAAGAUCUUGGCUUACAGCCCUCUUGCACUGGGCGCUUUGACGGGGAAGUGGAGCGACCAAGCGCCCAGUGGACCGCGUGGAGCCAUCGCGGAGAAGCUCAUGAAGGAUGAUCAAUGGCAAGGACUGUUGGAUGCAAUGAAGGAUGUCGCUGGGCAACAUGGACCUGAGACCACUCUCUCCCAGGUGGCCAUCGCGUGGUGCAUCGCCAAGGGCACCACGCCGAUUCCGGGCGUGCGGAACGUGCGGCAAGCCGAGGAGAGACCAGACCGGUGUGGCGCGGCACCGAAGGUUGGAAUGCGGCAGCAUUGGUCUUGUUUCGUGGGAAGUGCUCCAAUGAGCUGGCUGCAGCAAGGGGUGGAAGACUACUUUGUUUGUCUUGGAAGUAUUCUUGAAGUGGCAAACAUUGUGGUAGAGAUUGACUGGAUUGACUUUCAAAGCAUAUGA